CGCAAGCACUCCAUCGCAGCGGGCUAUCAACCUUGUGAGGCGAUCACUCCUCCUCUUCCUCCCUCACUUCUGCCAGCUCUGGUGCGCCCCUCGGGCUUUCUUCAUUUGUUGCCGUCCCAAUCUCCCGUCUGCGCCGUCGUCGCGCGCCCCUCCCCCACAAGCAUCGCCCAAGAUGGCGUCUGCAGUCCUGAAUUCGACAAUCGCGGACCUAGGCUCAACAGCCACCCUCACGACCGUCUUCGAGGAGGUUUCCAAGUACAAUGUCCACCUGAAUGUCUUCGAGCGCCUCUGGGUCUCCUGGUAUCUCUGGAUGCAGAACGACACGAUCGCGACGGGCAUCAUGAGCUUUGUGAUGCACGAGAUUGUUUACUUCGGCAGGUGCCUGCCCUGGAUGAUCAUCGACGCGAUCCCGUACUUCAACAAGUACAAACUGCAGAAUACGAAGGUGCCAACAUGGAAGGAGCAGUUUGAGUGCGCCGCGCUCGUCCUGUUCAGCCACUGCACGGUUGAGCUCCCGCAGAUCUGGCUGUUCCACCCGUUAGCGACCUACUUCGGCAUGGAGUACGGCGUCCCGUUCCCGCCGGCGUGGAAGAUGGCUAUGCAGAUCACCAUCUUCUUCGUCAUCGAGGAUGCCUGGCACUACUGGUUCCACCGUGCGCUGCACUACGGCCCGCUCUACAAGGCGAUCCACAAGAUGCACCACACGUACAGCGCGCCCUUCGGCCUCGCGGCCGAGUACGCAUCCCCGAUCGAGGUCAUGCUUCUGGGCUUCGGUAUUGUCGGGUCCCCGAUCGUCUGGGUCUCGCUGACGGGCGACAUGCACCUGUUGACCAUGUACCUGUGGAUCAUCCUCCGCCUCUUCCAGGCCAUCGACGCCCACAGCGGCUACGACUUCCCAUGGAGCCUGCGCCACAUCCUGCCCUUCUGGGCCGGCGCUGACCACCACGACCUGCACCACGAGCGCUUCAUCGGCAACUACGCGUCGAGCUUCCGCUGGUGGGACUACUUCCUCGACACCGAGGCCGGCGAGGCGGCCAGCAAGAAGCGCCGCGAGAGGAAGCUGGCCGAGAUCCGGGCCAAGAAGGCCCAGUGAGCUGCAAGCUUCGCUUCUGCGGGUCAAUAUGGGCAGGUUAGGAUAUUGCCUUGCGGCAAGGAGGAGCGAGAAAGGGCGCGAGCCAGACCGCGGGCUGAGAAUUGGUACCGCUGGGGUUUUCUAAAUGAAGCUCUGAGUGUCUGAUGCGCGAGAGAGAGAGCGCUUGGAAAGACAAGUGGACAUGACGUCUGACGAACCAGCAACGCACGAGAACCGGGGGGGAACACCAUAUAUACAACGGGUGAGGAAAACGGCGCAGUCGUAAUGAACGGCGUUGAGUUGGACUGGCGAUGCCUUCAUCCUUCAUCCUUAAUCAUUUCCCCUGCUUUCAAAAGUGUACAUAACGGCAUUACCUUACCAGUCUUUAAUACAACCUAGAGAAUCAAAGAAACG